CAUUUAGGACCUCUCCGGUGACCAUCGAAGGCCGCCGGACGCCACCAAGACGUUCUCUCUCUCCACCGUGAGUGCCGCCGUCCUCGCACCCCAAGCACGGUGUCAUUCCCUUGCACCCUAAGACUCUCUGAGAUCAUUAAAAGUGAAGCUGAAAUGGAUGAGGAACCGGAUGGUACUGAGAAUUGUGUCUUUUUGGGAAUGCAAAAGGGCCUCCGAAUCUCCUCGCUUGAUGGCGACGACGGAGAAGAAGAACAACUGCCACCACAGCAGCAGCUAGAAGUAUUUGCUGCGUAUGAAGAAGAAGACGACGAAGAAGAAGAAGAAGAUUUCGUGAUUUUAGGCUUUCUUGAGAAGCCUAAGAAUCGCUGGUCCCUUCUCCGUCAAAUGUUUCCUAGCAAGGCUGGAGGCGUACCGGCUUGGUUGGAUCCGGUGAAUUUACCAUCAGGAAAAUCUUCUCUCUGUGAUAUAUGCAGAGAACCUUUGCAGUUCCUGCUUCAGGUUUAUGCACCAAUUGAGAAAGAAUAUGCAUUUCAUCGGUCAUUAUUUGUUUUCAUGUGUUCAUCGAUGAACUGUCUUCUUCGGGAUCAACAUGAGCAAUGGAAACGCCACCCAGAGAAGCCAUCCAGAAGUGUGAAGGUUUUCCUAUGCCAACUGCAUCAAUUUAAUCCUUUUUACUCAAGCGAGCCCCCACGACAUGAUGGGACUGAAAAACCUUCUGUAACUGGAGCCGCACUUUGUAGUUGGUGUGGUACCUGGAAAGGAGAUAAGCUGUGUAGCGGUUGCAGGACUGCUCGUUAUUGCUCAGAGAAACACCAAGUCAUGCAUUGGCGCUCUGGUCAUAAGACUGAUUGUGCACGGAUUAACAGUUCUUCUCAAUCAUUUGAUGCCCCUAAUAGAAAUGAAACUACUCCAGCAAAUUUUCAAAAAGUUGCAAGCAACACUCUAUGGCCAGAAUUUGAGAUGAUAAUUGAGAAUGAAAGUGAAUUCAGCACAGAAAUGAUUGAGGAUAAUGCCAGUACUAAUUCAUUGAUCUCUAAGGGCAAAAUAGAUGGCGCGAUGAAGUCGUUGUUGGACACUUUUGAGGGCGACGAUGAGAGGAAAAGUUGGGCCUCUUUUCAAGAGUGCAUAGCCAAGGCCCCUGAACAGGUGUUAAGGUAUUGCAGGGAUGGUAGUGCAAAACCUCUAUGGCCCAUGUCAAGUGGCCGGCCAUCAAAAGCUGACAUUCCGAACUGCAAAUACUGUUGUGGUCCUCUGUGUUUUGAGUUUCAGAUAUUACCUCAGCUGCUGUAUUACUUUGGUGUGAAGAAUGAUGUUGACUCUCUUGAUUGGGCGACUCUCGUUAUAUAUACUUGUGAAGCCUCUUGUGAGGGAAGUCUUGCUUACAAAGAGGAAUACACUUGGGUUCAACUCUCUUCACAAUCUGCUACUGUACCUUGAUGGUGUAUUUUGACCGAUUUCCACCCGUCUAUUUCUUUAUAUUAUAGCUCUGCUCUUUUGCUGAAAAGUUGAGAAGAAAAAAGCGUUGGUAUUUACUCCAUCAAGCAACAAGACGAUCAUGUAUAUCGACAUUGAAUUUUGAUCUGUUUAGAAGGUGAGAUUUUUCCACAAAAUAUAUUGGUAACUGUUUCGUGUC